GACAUUUAAUUUUACGAACAAUAGUUAAAAUACAUCUCACCGGUGCUUGCACAGUGACCUCAGUGUUCACUGUCGCCACUUUUACUAAGUUAAAAUUCGUUUCUGAUGGGGUUCGUACGCAACAGACCUUUUUAUGCUGAAGUCAGUCACCGGAAGUGUAAGAGUUUGACUUGUCGGUGACUUGACGCUGGUGAAAGUAGUGAGGGGGCGUUUUUUCCUACAGGAAGAAACUGGGAAAACAAACAUUAAGUAAUGAAUUUAGUCUUCACAGACGACGGCUUGAGCCCGCACACCGUAAAUAAACAAGCAGGCGGAUUUUACAAAGUACUUUUGCUCCGUGUCGGACAUCUCUGGACGGACUGUGGUGAACUCUGUGGAUCCGCAGUCAGCAGCGCUGUUUGGGGGCUGACGCACCAGCAGGAGGGGAAGGCGGGGUGAGGGGCUGUCACAGCAGCGGGCUAGGCUAGCUGUUUAGCGCGCUAUGCUAAUAGCGUCAGUCUCCGGAAUACCCAGAACUUGGGAGAAACUUUGUGAAGUCUAAAACACGAGCAACAGCCUGUCGUUUAAACGGCUGCCCCGGAGCCCUCUGAGAAGAUAAUAAUACUGCAGCUUUACCGCUAAAAGCGGUUAGUCUGACAGCGUUAGCAUUGCUAGUUAGCCAACUAGUUAGCUCUUAUCAUCGUUAGUCAACACGUCCAGGUCCUUGAUAGCGAGGAUGAAGCGGAAAUAAAAACACCAACUCACGUUUUGACGUCUGCUGAGAUAUACUGAACUCACAUUUUUAUGCUAUCGGACAAUAAUGAACAUCGGUAUGUAAUUAGCACCAAGUUUGUUCCGGCUGGUGCGUAAACGCGCCUGUUCGUAGUGUCCAGAACGUAUGUUGACUCUGUAAUUUUAGUUGGUGUUGUUUUUUGGCCGUGUUUGUCGCACUAAGCGGACUUGAUUUUCGAGCUGAGGGUUUUGUUGUUAUGGAGGGACGGGAGCCCAGCGGCAGCUCGCAGCAGUUACAUAACGCCAGCGGGUCGCGGGAGAAGCCGCUGAACGUCGCCUCCUCAGCCGGGCCCUGACAGCCGUAAACUGCUCCGACAAACCCCCAGCACACACACGGACACCACAGCAGCAUGGAGGAGGUGUGAGCCUGCUGGGAGACACCGGAAACUGAGAGACUAGACGGAACACUGAGCUGAACAUGGAGUCAAACCCGCUGAUAAACGCCAUGGACCCCUCCAUCACACUGUGGCAGUUCUUGCUCCACCUGCUGGAUGACCAGCGGCAGCGUCACCUGAUCUCGUGGACGGGCGAGGACCGCGAGUUCAAGCUGCUGGACGCUGAGGAGGUGGCCCGACUGUGGGGCCUCCGCAAGAACAAACACAACAUGAACUACGACAAGCUGAGCCGAGCGCUGCGAUACUACUAUGACAAGAACAUCAUAAAGAAGGUGAGCGGUCAAAAGUUUGUCUACAAGUUCGUCAGCCAGCCCGACCCGUCCCUGCCCGAGGGGGGACGCGGCGGAGAGGAGGGCCAGAGGAGGGACGGCGCCGAGCCAAACGGCCAGUCGAAAGGCCUCGGGGGCGGGGGCUCACCCUGUCCGUCAAAGGGCCUCCCCCAGCGCUCAUCGCCCAGCAGCUCCCAGAAAAGCUCCCGCAACGACUACAUGAAGUCUGGCCUCUACUCCACCUUCACCAUCCAAUCACUGCAGGCCUCGCCCAGCCCACGACCAAUCAAAACAGAGCUGCUUCUGCAUCAAGACCCCACCGCUAAGGUUGAUCGCCCGUCCCGAGAGGUCUGCGUGUUAGCAGAGUCUAAAGCGGCUCCGUCAGUAGGUGGCGCCAUCGACUCGGCUCUGCAGGUGAUCGUCACUCAGCCGUCUCCCUGCCCGACUCCCGCUCUCAGCCCUCAGAUACCGGCCGGCGCCGCCAGCCAAUCACAGAAUCCUCCUGUGCCUCCUCUGAGCGACCCUCCCCAGAUUUAUCUGACCAGCGUCGGGGACCCUUCCUCCCUCAUCCCCCUUGGUCAUGUUGGGGGUUCGGUCGGUCCCGUCCCACCCCCACAUGUGUCGAUGGACCCCCAGGGGCCGCAGCGGGACGACUGUGGGGGAGCCAAUAACCCGGCCGGCUUCCCCCCUCACCCCCACGCCACUCCUCCCCCAACCCACCCCCCACCUGUCUUUGUCAUCAUCAACCCCCCUCCCCCCCAGCAGCAGCAGCCGGUGGCGGCGGCAGCCAUGGCAGCUGCUCCUCCCACUGAGGCUCCUCCCCUUCCCUCCGUUCCUCCCACCCCCACCCGUCCUCCCCCUGCCCCCAUCAUCAUCAAGGAGGAGAACCUGCCGUCAGAGGAGGAGCUGCUGCAGAUGGUGUCUCUGGAGGAGAAGCAGGUGGAGGAGGUCUCUCAGCUGAUCUGCGACUCGGGGGAGCCCGAGUCCCCCCUCGCCAUGGCGGAGAGCCCGUCCCCUCUCUGCAUGGAGUCCGGGGUCGGAGACCAGCAGCUGGUGACCGAGGGCGGGGCCACAGGUGACAGGAAACGAGCGUCGAUCUGUUGGAAUCCGUCAGCUGGUGUCGGUCCGUGUGCUCAGACGAGUGUCUCUCUGUCUCCGUCAGGUUCCUCCGUCCCUCCUGCCACGUCCUCCUCAGCUGCGAAUCCUUCAGCCACCUCGACGGCGGACUCCGUUCCUCCCAAACCAAAGAAGCCGCGGGGCCUGGAGCUGCCCUCCUCCCCCUCCCUCCCCCCUGGUCUCUCCCUGGAUAAGGUGAACGCAGCUGUUAACAGCUUAUUGGCUCCUGGAUCAGCGACCAACACGCUCACCCCGACGGUCAUCACCUCCCACGCUCUGACUCCGGUCCUGCUGACUCCCAGUCCUCUUCCCUCCACCAUCCACUUCUGGAGCACGCUCAGUCCCAUCGCUCCUCGCUCGCCGGCCAAGCUCUCCUUCCAGUUUCCCACCAACGGCAGUAAUCAGAUCCACAUCCCGGCUCUGAGCGUCGACGGCCUGUCCACCCCUGUGGUUCUGUCUCCCGGGCCGCAGAAGCCCUGAGCCGCCGGCCCUCCUGGCUGGGCGGACUGCAUCUCGAGGAUCCUGACUCUCUGUACUGAGACCAGGAAGUUUUGGGGCUCUGUGGCCUCACUGGUCAGGCCGGGAGGUUUGCUUCUCAGCAGCGGAACUCUGAACCCCGGAGCCCGAGCCUCCGAGAGCCUGAGAGCUGCAGGACGCUGGUCCUCGUUUGUUUCGGAGCGACGAGGGCUCGAGGAGGUGCAGGGAUUCCUUUUCUUCUUCUACUGAGGGCUGCAGCUUCAGUCCAAGCAGCAGGCUGACUUUUUGAAGGGACAAACUGGAACCUGGAGACACAUUUAAUAUCACUUGGUGAUCGAUGGACUGACUGAAGACGUUUCCUGUCAGCUCGUCUGGGACUCAACAGGAAGGACUUUUUAUCUCAGAUCUCUUCGUCUGUUUGUCAGAAAGCGUUCCUCUCUUUCUGUGGGCUGAUCCCAGUGCAACGGACUCUCUGGGGGCCGUCAUGGCUCCUGGUUGUCCUGGGAGAACUGGAUUGUCCUCUCACAUGAGCGCUUUAGAAACUCUGUCCUGCUGGACUCCCUCACAAACCGCCUUUAGCUCCAUUUAAGGGUUUUUGCUUCGCUCUUAUUGGUCGACCUUUUCUCCAGUUAUGCAUGGCCUGUUAUUGGACUCUGUGUCGUUCUGAACUGACCAAUCACAGAGGAGCGAUGCUGACGAUGGAGUUUCUACUCAGCCAAGUAUUUUGUCUACAGACGUGUUUGUGUGUCUUUAAAGUGCAGUGAGGAGUGACGCCCGCCGGGUUUUUAUUGAGCUCCCCUCCCGUCGGCUUUGAGCGGUUCAACGCGUUUUAUUCUUAAUGACGACGAGUCGUUUUGCUUUCAGAUUUCAUUCCAGACUUGCAGCUUUGCCUGAUGAUGUUUUUUCCUGAAAGGCUCAGAGUGUUAAUCUGCAGCCAUCUUGCCACGAUUUAUCCGUCCUCGGCUUUGAAAAACACUUUUUAACGCGAGCGUCUGCGCUUCAGCGGGAUUGUGUCUCCCAUCCAGGACCAUCUCUGCCUCUGAUGUGGUGACGAGAUGGCAAAACAAUGUCAAUGAACAAGUCAAUCCUUUCAAAGAGUUUGAAUUCUGAACGGGAAAAUCUGCUACAAACACCACCCAACCAGAGCAGCGAAUAAAAGAAGGAACGCUGAGGCGCGGCGGCCGAGUCCUCUGACGGUCCGAGUCCUCUGACGGUCCGAGUCCUCUGAGGUGUCUGAUGGAAAAGCCAAAGUGAGGCUGAAUCCUUGUGGUUCUCCUCAUCAGACUGUUGUUGUUGUUGUUGUUCCUGAUGCUAGCUGAGCUCUGUGGUUGCCACGGUAACCCACCCCCCCGACUGUUGCUGUUGCUGUCGUUGCUGCGGAGCCGAAGCUCCUCGUGUUGACGCGUUUCUAUGCUUCUGUGUGUGACUGCGAGGCUGCUGACACACACGCGUCAGGAACCGGCGAGGCCGAGCGGCGGUUCUCAUCACACACGUGGUUUCAGUCAGACUCCAGAUGAGAUCUGAGACACACAUGUCUGUGAGUCCGCUCUGUCCCAGGUGCUCGCAGUCCGUUUCAUUAAUCUGCCAGUUAGUUUGGCGUGUAAAAAAAAAAAAAGCCAGCACUAAGGUCCUCAGCAGGACUCGACUGCUUCUCUGAUCCGGUUCAGCUGCCACACGGGGCCCCUCAGUGGACCUGUGGAUCCGGUCUGGAACCAGCUAUUAGAACGCAGAACGAGUUCUCUGAACCCUUCGGUCCUUUUGUCUAACUCGUGUAUUCAGCCUCAGUUCGGUUCCUGACGGCGUGAUUUCCCGGCCUCAGCUGUGCCGUAAACGCAGCACCAAGCCAUCGUGUCCGACUGUUCUCUUCUUUACAGCAUGAUUCUAUUUUUCUACCAGAGAUGGAGACUUUUUAUUGUGUGGCGUUCAAACAGCCUUAAAGAAUUCAGAGCAGAAGGAGGAGGAGGAGGCCGUGAACAAAAAGCCAUUUUCUUUAACGAGAAGCUCUGAACGUCACGCUGACGUUUCUCUCACCAGCAGAACAUGACGAAUGUUUUCGGAGUCGUUAGUCAGCGCGUUGCAUUGUGGGUAACGUCCAGGCGCCUGCCACGCCUGCUGGAAGCACACUGUAGAAAAUGAUGUGCCAGGUGGAGUCAUGAUCUUCAAACGUUCAGGGAGGAUCAGCGGCUGACUGUGACUCAGCGAGUCUUUAGGGAAGCUCGACGGUACGUCAUUAAUCACAGCAUCAGCUGAUCGUUGAUUGAUUUGCGUGAAUGGAUGGAACACAGCAGGAGAUGAUGAAGGGACAGACCGACUAACUGAUGUUAAAGGGAUAGUUCAGCUUUUUCAACGUGUGGCUGUAGGCGAGACGAGAGGAGCGAAGCAGCGGGAGGCUAAUCGAUGUUUUCAAUCCACCUCAGCAGAACGUCGCAUCAGUUUGCACGUGAACGUUUCGUUUUGUUUCACCUCGCUGUCCCGCAGCCAUGUCACCAGUCAGCCACGCCGUCCCUUUAAGAUGAAUGAUGAUUUGAUUUGAACAUUUGAAGCAGGUGAAAGACUGUGGCAUCCAGGACGGCCUCGUUUGGCUCUGACUUGUAACGAGGUUCCAAAUGAAAAUCGGCACGUUAUUUUUGUCUGUAGAUCACAAACGGCGGCGGCACAUCAGAUUGCUCGUCGUGUCACGUCGGGCUGAUGGCCGCACGAGCGCGUUGUUUUCACUGAUCUGUUGGCACUCUGAGCUUCCUGACUGAUAGCCACACCGCUGCUGGUUGCUAUGGACACGACUCCAUCCGGUGCUGUGACAUCACAGCUUCAUCUCAAAAUGAAUUGAUUCUGAACUGAGAUCAGAGGUCAAACCUGUGAUUGGACGAUUCCUGCAGCAGCUCUGUGAACGUCAGCUCAGCUCUUACACCCAUGUGGCCAUAAGUAUGUGGACAGGGCACGACUCUGUUGCUGUGUCUUUAAGUCGCACGCCUCCUGCUGUCGCCAGGUGUUCGUCUUUGUGAACGGACGAAGAACCCGGUAACGUGUGAUGGAACCGCUGAAGUCCUGGGCGGAGGGUAGUCAUGAACUGGUUCUCAUAGUUACCAGACAGAUGGACUGACCGUAUACUUUUGGCCACAUGGUGUAACAGCUCAAACUCACCAUCACUCCAGGUGUCCCAUGAUGCUUUGCAGCACGAUGUCCUCAGACAGGAAGUUCUGACUCGUAUCUUGUAAUUUUAAACAUGUUUUCUAUCAGCAGGUGAAACGUUUCUGUACAUAAAUCUAAUCUCUAAACUCUGUUCGCAUGUGGCGCCGUGACUGUCAGAUCCUGCGUGGCCCCGCCCCUCCUCAGCUGUGAUUGGCAGAGGAGUUUAUUGAUGUAAAGGGGCGGGGCCUGCAUUUAUUUUUCUGAGACAGAUUCUACGGGAUCCAUGCGUCGUUUAGUGGAGAUGAAAAGAAAAGCUAUUUUUAUGGACAUGACUUUGUUGGUGUAAAUGUUCUACAGAUGAUUCCUACAGACACACACACACGCACACACACACACUGACAGGAUGGUAAUAAAACUAUUUUGUUCCGUA